AUGUUUACGGGUUACGAGUUACAACCGUGUUAUAAUCUGGAUGUAGGCAUAUUUCGUCACGACUGGUACUGAUAUGCCGUUUAUUGUUUACGUGAUCUUUGUCUUCCCAGCGUAAACACAGCGGCGCACGUUCCAACAAGAUGAAAGUGCGGGGAGCACCGAUUCAUUGACAUACUGUGAUACAGCAAGACAAACAGACGGUGACUCUGUGACAGAUUUUAGUUCUUCACAGUGCAGGUUUGUGAGCAGAACAGAAGACAAAAUGACUACUACGUCUAUGGUAACUUGGAAAAAUGGUGUCCCAUCAGGUGUUAACUCAAUAACUUGGAAAGAGAAAACUGGUUUCCCACCAGAUGUUAACUCGGAUAAUCCGAGGCAUUUUAUAGGUUUGUGGAAAAUGUCCCAGAUGGAAGUGAGCCCCCCUUCAGCGAAGGAAGUGAGCCCCACUUCAGUGAAGAAAGUGAGCCUCCCUCCAGUGAAGUUCCGGCAGAUUAAUCCUAUAGCUGACUGGGAGCAGUUGAACGAAGAGGAUGAUGUUUCCAUACUAACAACAGAUAAACAGGUUGAGGUGCCACUUGGAAGAAACAUGAGGGCCGAGAAAUUACAAAAGUUUCAGGAACUUCAAAAACAAAGAAAAUCACACGAGAACCAUGCUCAGUUGGAGAAAAAAGCAGAUACGCUGAUAAACAAAUUGUUGAAGAAAGGGAUGUCGCUCUCGCAGAUUCAGGAAGAAUUGUCAACAGCUGAUAUACCUUGUGAUAUAAUAAAGCUAAAAAUGGAGAAACAGGGUCUCGCAUUUAGCCAGUGAUUUAUUUAAUAUUUAUGAAAAAUUAAGAAGAAAAAAAAAGAUGGCAUGGUAUAAUUAGAACUUUUUAUAUACAGUUACAGCUGCAAUCUCUUUUAAAUUAUAGGUAGUGCUACACCACAUAACUUCCAGCUGGGUCAAAGUUCAAAGUGACCUAAAUAUCUAAUACAGCAGUUAAUACUACCAAUCCUUCCAUUGAUGAUAAAUAUGUUGUCCAAAAAAUUACUUUUGUCCGAGUAGUAAAUGUAUGUUUUAAGUUGCUUAUUUUAUGUGGGGAACAUAUGUCAAAAGGUUAAGAAUGUGUUUGUCUUAAGAAAUAUUAACUUUAACCAAACAUUUUGUACAGACAUAAAAGUCAGUAAUUUGAACUGAGAGAAAAUGGCUGGUUUGGACUGUCUGGUGAUCUUGUAUUUUUAUCAGGUAUUUUAAGCUCAUUUUGGCAUAGUGUUUUGGGAACUUUAUUCAAAUGGGGUUUUUCACAUUGCCAAAUUAUGCCAAAUCAAUGACUUUGUUUGUAUCUGUGUACUGUUUGAAGGAGGUGGUGUUUUGAUGUUCCACAAGUAACAUACGCAUUAUGUAGAGAAUCCUAGUUAUGCAUUUCUUAAAGCUUUCAAAUGGAAUUUUAUAGAGACUUUCAGAGCAGAUCCACACCUCUCUCUAGAUACACCAUUGUACUUCGGAACUUAACAAGUUUACGCAACGUCAAAGGACUUAAGACAUAGCAGCCCACUAUGCCCUAUGUCUCUGAAGAAGAAACCCCCAUUUCCAUAAAUGCAGAAUGUUCACAUGUAGUCUGUUUGUGUUGGUGGCAGGGUUUACUGUGUGCAGUGCCUCACAAAGUUUGUCAUUGAUCUGUAAUCGAAUCAGAUGAUUUUACAAUAACAAGUAGCCACUGUGCAAUGGUGAUGACACAGCAACCAAUGAAAUAUGAUGGUUAUCAGUUUAUUUUCACAUUUCUGCCACUUAUUUAACUGUAAGAAUUGGCCAAUGGUGAUGGCACAGCAACCAAAGAAAUAGACUGGUUGUUGGUUUAUUUUUACAUUUCUGCCAUUGUUAUUUAACACAGCAACCAAAGAAAUAGACUGGUUGUUGGUUUAUUUUCACAUUUCUGCCACUGAUAUCUGCUCAGCACAGCACAGGCGUGUGUGUGUGUAGUAUGAAGACUUCCAAGAGAAACACACUGUUAUUUAACGGUGGUGAAAUGUUUAUGUUCGAGGUGUUUUACUCCGUCCAGGCUGUGAUUUUUAUGUGAUAUUUGUUACCAUUAUCUUCUGUACAAACAAUUUAUCAUUUGCUCAAAGACGUAUGUAAAGAUGAAUGGUCUCAUUUUCAGUAUUUGAUAUAAAGUCACAACGCCUAAAAUAUUUAUGGACCAGUGAUGUAGGUACCGGUAUUUAUGUUUGAUGAUAUGACAAAUUACCUACAGUUGUAACAAUAACUUUAAUUCUAGAAAACAGUUAAUCAAUAGAUCAAAUAGAAGGUACAAAAAUGUAUAUGUAAGUUGUAGAUUGUGUACAUUUAAUUUUAAAUAUUUUAUUGAUGAAGCAUAUUUUUAGUUUAUUUGUUAAUUUUUGUACUUUUUAAUUGUUUAGUUACUGUAGCAACCAUAAAAACCCCAUGAAUUAAUGUACAAUUGUUGUAUUGUGUAUAUAAUGUUAAUUUUGUUUAAGCUGCAGGUUUUUUUGUGCUUUUGAGUCAUUUAAAUAAUUUAAAACCACAGUAUUUAGGGUUUGGUGUUCGUUUGUAACUACCGGUAACUACAGACAUGUAUAUACAUGUAGUAUGACAACAGUGGUAGUAAAAAUAUGAAUUUGCUACUUUUAAAACCAAACAUUCCAGUUACUGGGACCAAAGCCUGAUGAACUGAACAACUGGCAAAAUGGGCUAAACAUUGGUAUGUUUUGUAUUUUUCUGAUAUUUUAUUGAUAUAACACUUUACAUUUUAAUUUCACUGAAAAAACCCACAAUUAUAUAUUUUUAACAUUUUUCUAUUACCGUAUAUACUGCCAUUAAUUCAGGCAUAUUCAUUUACAUUAAAUAUUAUUCUGCUUUUUGUUAGAAUGGUUAAACUAUUUACAAUAGUGUCCAUAGUUUUAAGCAUCUGGAUCCGUGUGUUUUAAGAAUGAACAGACAUUGAGAUUCAGAAUUAUCGCAUGACAUGUUUUUCAUGUCACAAAAUGGAGUAUUUCUAAUCAGUUAAAUCUAUUCUAAUUACACACUAACCAUAGUCCUGAUUUUUAUUUGUUUUGGUGUUCAGUAUAUUUACUAGGGUCCAGAAUUUACGAGCCCUGUGCUUAUAUCCAAUUAAUGUUCAAGCACACUGUCCUGGGCACACACCUCAGCUAUCUGAUCUGUCUGUCCAGGACAGUGGGUUAGUUAUUAGUUGGUUAGUGGUUAGAGAGCGAGAAGA